AUGAUGUCUACGAACCAGCAUAGUCCCGUAUACGAAGGGGAGUCCUUUGACGAUGCCCGUGAAACUGCCGAGAUCCAGGAGAACCUCAAUGUGACCGUCCCCCAGUCUACCUCCACCCGAUCCUUGACCGAUAGUCCCCCAAUCGGCUCAAUCCAGUCCCCGGAAACCACGGAGAGACCUCCGCUGCCUUCUGUAUCGCCGGCCGAGAAGAAGCACGAGACCACCGACACAGAGGAUAAAGAUGACGAGGGUGAAGGGGAGCAACCCAAAAACACAAGCAAGAAGAAGAAGAGGGAGGCGAAGAAAGAGGCAAAAAAACAGGCCAAUAAAGAGGGAAGUAAGGAGGGUGAUGGAAAUGAAACAAAUGACGAAGUUAUCUACGACACCGAUGAGGUGAAACCCACGACCGACGAGCCCAAUGAGAGUGACAAGUCGGAACAAGGGCCUGAGGUUACGCAGACAGAAGAAACGGCCACAGAGGAACACAAUGAGAAAGAAACAAAAUCUCCUUUGCUCACAUCCCAUCGUCUAUCAACGGGCUCAUCACUCGCUGAGGUGAAUCUGGUAAACAGCAACCAAGAGGAUCCGGCGGAUACGACGCCCCGCCCGGAGAAGAUGGAAGCCCCUCCGUUGCCUCCGAAGGAUGAAGCUCCAGCGAGCUCUGGGUUGAUGGGUCUGUCGGGCAGUCUUCCCUCAAUGCCAUGGGGAGCACCCCCGGUCAACAAGAACCCCCCGCCCGCUCCCACACCCACGCCACCCCCUGCUCGAAAGCCAAGUGGUCCAUUCGCGUGGUUCUCUCGCAGUUCAACCUCGACCGCUAAAGACACCAAAUCACCGUCCCUUACAGCCAGCCGGCGCAACACUGCCACAUCCGUAUCCACCCUCGCAAGCAACCCGGAACAUCGCGAUGGCGACGACAUCUCAAGCAUUGGCUCCAAGAAGCCAAGACGCAACAGUCUCAAGGAUCAGUUUAAGAUGUUGCGACUGCGGGAGGAGAGCUUGGCACCAGAGGCCGAUCAAACGAGCGCCCGCUCAGGGCAAGCCAGCAUUAGCCAGUCUGGGGCUAGUCCGCCUAUCAUCCCGGAAGAGGGAGAGGAGCCCAUUCUGGUUGCACCACCAACCCCUUCUUCCGAAGCGACUCACCCUGGUACGAGGAGUGGAUCAGUAACCGACACUGCCCCUGUGGAUUGGGAGAUGUGGCAGCAGCUUGUAAACAACGGACCGCAAGCCCUGGCAAGCUCGGAGGAGCUGAACGCUGCGAUCAAGCGCGGCAUCCCACAGACUAUCCGAGGAGUGAUCUGGCAGAUCUUAGCAGAUUGCCACACUGCCGAACUGGAGGAUACCUACCGCGAGCUUGUGGCUCGUGGUACCACACAUGACAAAGACGGACGACCAGCAAACGGUGCCGAAACUACGUCCUCGCGCUCUUCCGUUCGCUCACACCACUCAGGAUCUGUUUCACGCUCACGCAGCCAGACCCCUAGCCCUUCAGUUGAAGGGGAGGAUAAGGCAAAGGAACAAUCGAUCAGCGAGGCUGAUCGUGCGAAGAAGGCAAAGACUGACGCGGUGGCUCUCACAAAGUUAGAGAAGGCCAUCAGACGAGACCUAGGUGCUCGCACCAGCUACGCCAAGUACUUUGUCUCCCAAGGAAGCCAAGAGGGCCUGUUUGGUCUUUGCAAAGCAUACGCAUUGUACGAUGAGGGAGUUGGCUAUGCCCAAGGCAUGAACUUUAUUGCAAUGCCUUUGCUGUUCAACAUGGAUGAGGUCGACGCAUUCGCUAUGCUUGUCAAGCUGAUGAACAAGUAUUCGCUUCGAGAUAUGUUCAUCCAGGAUAUGCCGGGUCUUCACCGGAGCUUGUACCAGUACGAGCGAUUACUGGAAGACCUCGAACCUGCUCUUUACUGUCAUCUGCGGCGUCGUGGUGUACCUCCCCAGCUCUACGCGACUCAGUGGUUCUUGACGCUGUUUGCCUACCGAUUCCCGCUACAGCUAGUACUGCGCAUCUAUGACUUGAUCUUUGAGGAAGGACUGGAGACCACCAUCCUCAAAUUCGGGGUUGCGAUCAUGCGAAGAAAUUCCGAGGCGCUUCUUGAAAUGAAGGACAUGAGCGCUCUCACUACUUUCUUGAAAGAGCGCUUAUUUGAUGCCUACAUAGACAAGCAGCCAUCCACUUCGUCGAUCCUGGAGUCUGGCUUCUUUGGUAGCUCCGGUGCUUCAGACAAAGAGAUCUAUCGAUCUGAUAUUCUGGUGCAGGACGCCUGCGCCGUCCCUCUCACAUCUGAAAUGCUUGCCACCUACACUGCCGAAUGGGAGGAGAAGACUCGCACCGAGAAGGAGCGUGAGCACGAGCUGGAACAUCUGCGGCAUACCGUUGGCAUUCAGGGUGCGCGGGUCCGGCUCCUUGAAGAGCGCGCCGAAGCAUCAGAUAAGGAACAUGUGCAACUAGCCUCCGAGCUGGUGCACGUCAAAGUGGAAAACGAGGAGCUCCGUGACAUCAACGACGCAAUGAAGCUGCAAGUUGACGAGCUCAAGAACGUAGUCGACAAGCAACCUGCGGAAGUUGAGGAAAAGCUCCGACUGGAAAUGGAACGCAUCAUGAAGCGCAAUAUCGAAGUACAAAACGAGAACCGUGCGAUGGAGGACUCCAUGUUCGAGAUGGAAAAGGAGCUGGUUGCCACUAAGAUGAAGUGGGCAGAGAUGUCCGAAAAUCAUGAGACCCUCCGCCAAAAGUGGAGCGACCUUCGUCGCGCCCUCGACUAA